AGGGUAGCCAGUUCUGGGAACUGCCUGCUUUGUUUUUCUGUUUGUUAUUUUGUUAUUUUUGUUGUUUUUUUUGCGAGGGGCAGGGAGAAACCCGAUCGAGAUCUAGUGGGAGGUUCUACUAACUGCUGUUUGGUGACACGCCAAGUUUGUUUUAAUGAUCGCAGUGAUAAAGUAGCGGGUCAGCACGCACUCUUGUCCAGGGCUGGAUGAACUUGAGGGAGUUCUCGGGAAGCAGAAAGCAGAUAGUACAUCCCGAUAACUUCACCAAAAUACGUCAAAUUUUCGGCAUAAAAUCUUACUUUUGUCAUUCAAAUAUUAUUUUCUGAACUUAAAAAAAACUACACAUUGGUGUUCAAAUGGAGUAAAAUUAGGACAUGCUGUCGGGGCUGUCGAACAGCACGACAGCCCGACAGCAAACCGGGUGACCAGCGUAAAGUGCGUCAUCAGGGGCUCUAGGCUCCCGCUGGCGAUGCUGCCCUAUCCGGGGAUGGGCGUUGUCUGAAGUACAAUUUUCGGACGCGGGAGCUUUUAGAUAUCGGACUUGCGUUUGCCUGCUUACGCACGAGGUGAACUUUGAUCGCGCCUCCUGACACAGCCUCCGGGGCGGGAAAGGGGAGACCUGUACCUUUCCACUACAACCGUCGUGAUAAACUGCCAUCCUGUUCUGGUUGGCGCGCGGCUCCGCGGCUGCCGUAGGUUGGAGGCGGCAGACGCGCGCGAGACGGAGCGUCGGAAUUCGGUGAUCCCGGCGGUGGGGCGCGGGCCGGCCGUGCGGGCGAUGGAGGAGGACAACGCGAGAGUGGACAAGAUCCAGAGGGACAGGGCGCUGGUGCAGGAGGCGCUGCGGCUGCAGCGGCAGUGGCUGCGCGGCGCGGGCGGCCGCCGCUGGUCCCGGGAGGCGCUGCUGGAGGCGCCGCUGUGCCGCCUCGUGCGCGAGGAGGAGCGGCGAGUGGCGGACGAGGCCGUGAUGCUGGUGGACAGCGCCCGCGGUGCGGGCCGCGCCGACUCGCUGCGCUCCAAGGUGCAGGCCGAGGAGCAGCAGGCGCGCGCCCGCCUCAGGGCCAUGCGCGAGGAGCGCGCGCAGCUGCAGGAGGAGGCGCGCAGCCUGCGGGCGCGCACGGCGCUGGGCGCGGCCGUCACGGACCGCUGGGAGCGCGCGCGGCUGCAGCAGCGCCAGCGCCUGCUGCUGGACCAGGAGGCGGCGCUGCGGACGGCGUUGGAGGCAGCGCGGCAGGACCUGCGCCUGGAGGUGCGCGCCCACUGCGAGCUGGUGGAGCACCUGCGCCAAGCGGCGCGCGCGCUCGAGGACCAGGCCGACGAGUGGCGCUCGCGCUACGACGAGGUCGCCGCCGGCUGGGACGCGCGCCUCGCGGCACUCAAGGUGCGGCGCCAGGAGCACGGGCGCCAGCUGCGCGCCGUGCGCAAGGAGCUGGCGCGGCGCGAGCGCUUUAAAAAGGACUUCCUGGCCUACAAGGCGGCGCGCGACCAGCAGCUGGAGGAGCGCGCGCGCAUGCACACCGCCGCCACGCGCAUCCAGUCCUGGUGGCGCAUGACCAUGGUGCGCAAGGGCCUGGGGCCCUACAAGCGUAUCGCCAAGAAGAAAAAGAAGAAGAAGAAAUAGGGCUCCUGCCAGGCGUCUUCCAGUCAUUUUACCUGUUUUAAUUUUUAAGUCACAGACACACACCAAACCAAUUGAAUUUGUAUCAUAAUUUGUACAUUGUUAUGUUCAAUUUUGUACUAUUGAUAUGUUAAGUAAACAAUUAAAUUUGUUUAACAAAUAAAAUUGUAGAAAUUCUACAGUUGAAUGCCCAUCCAAAA